CAUUUAAUUCUCGUUCUAAUAAUUCUAUCCCGAUUCAGUUCAUCGUCAGCAUGAUUCCAGUACGGAUCGCAGCAGUUUUGCUGCUACUCAUCGCGUUUCUUAUCGUUAAUACUGAGGCGAUUACAUCGGCGGCGCUCAUCAAACUCAACUGCGAAACGAAAAAUCGAGUUUGCUAUCUCAAGAACAUCUACGCAUCUGAGGACGAUCGCUUCAAAGAGGUAUACGGAGCAGAACACAGUGACAUCAUCGAGUUCUUCGACUGUCAUCUUCACACUUUGCCCCGAAUUCCGUUCAUCAAAUCGGUCGAAGCCAAGGGAAUCAACUUGGUACGGGUGAUUGAGAAAACUUUUUCCACUGUGAAACAUGUGGAUUUGUCGUACAAUCGGUUGCGUGAUAUAUCUGCAAAGGCUUUCGAUUGGCCGGAAGAAGUCCUGACACUGGUGGUUAGCGGGAAUCCACUGUUGAAGGAGUUUAGUUUCAUGAAGAGAAUGACAGGACUGGAGGAUCUGCAGAUGGCGGACAUGAAGUUGGAUUUGGACUUCAUUGAUGUGGAUGUAUUUGCUGGGAUGAAGGUGCUGAAGACCUUGAACAUGAGUGAUAACAAAAUUAUGUCCGUCCCGGUUGGGAUAUUCAACAAGCUGGAAUCGCUGGAGAAGUUGGAUCUUAGUAAGAAUUACAUUUCGAGGAUAACUUCAGGGGCAUUCAUCAUUAACCUACGUACGAUUGAUCCUGAAGUCGAGACGCGUCACGAUUUGACAAUCAACCUGGCGAGUAAUAACAUUUCAAUCAUUGAAAAAGAAUCGUUUAUGAUCGUACAUAUGGUGGAUCUUAGCGAUAACAAACUCAUCGGCAUCAGUCCAUCAGCGUUUUACAAUAAAUCAGAACUAGGAACACUGAUUCUAUCCAACAAUAGACAGCUAAGGAACUUCAACUUUUUGAAGAGUCUUACAACGUUGCACACUUUGAUAAUGUCACACAUGAAUUUUACCUUUGCUGGAGUCCCUCUGGAUAUGUUCCGUGGACUUGAUUUUUUAACAACCCUGGAUUUAUCGCACAAUGACAUUUCACACCUCCCCAUAGGGAUCUUUUCCGAUUUGUCUUCAGCGAACUUCAUCAACCUGCGCCACAAUCGAAUCUCCCACGUUGAAUUCGGAACAUUCUCAAUCCGCAAGUACGACCUCAUCGAUGAAAUCGAUCUAUCAUACAACGACAUCAGCGAAAUCAACUACCUGGUAUUCGUACCACUCAAAUAUCUUCGUACGCUUCUGCUUCACGGAAACCAAAUUCCUUAUGUCAACGCCAAUCAUCUGAAACGUAACAAAAGCCUCCAAAACUUCGGCAUCCAGCACAAUCCCGUUCGCUGCUCGGACCUGGUCGACCUGCUGGCAAUCUUCAAACUGGUCCUCGAUGGGAGGGAAUUCGUCGCACAUGAACCCAAUGUAGAUGGCAUCAAAUGUAAUCCAUGAGAAGCGGAAAUAAACUUACUGAUUUUCAAGACAUGCAUGGAAUCAGCCACAACUUUUUCCAUACUAGUAGCUAUUCUUUGA